UCCAGUCAAACCGAUUCGUGGAUGGGAUUGUGAAUGGACAUCGGAAGAUGACUCAAAUUUAUUAAUUGGUAUUUAUGAGUAUGGGAUGGGAAGUUGGGAACAAAUUCAAUCAGAUACUUCACUACAAUUAUCUAGAAAGAUACUGCGGCCGAAUAAUGAGAAACCACAAGCCAAACAAUUACAAAGUCGAGUGGAAUAUUUGAUGAAAUUAUUGAGGAAAACUAAAGAACUUGGAAGAGCUCCUACAGGAAUUACAUCAGUAUCAAACUCAGCUCUAUCAGCUGCAGCAUCCAGGGUUGCCAGGAAAGUAAGACAAGGAAAGAAGGCUGAUGUGAAUUCAAAAAAUGAUGAUAUGGCAUCAUCGAAGAAACGAAGUCGUAAAAAUAAAGUCAAAAGCCAGAGUGGAAAUAAAUGAUGAUAGUGAUGCGGAACCUGGAUCUUUAUCAACUCCAAUGGUGAAUACAACAACCUCGGCAACAAAGAAAGAUUCAAGUUCACGAAAAAUGCAAAAGAAACCUAAAUCAAAUGCAAAGAAUUCUGAUAAUACUAAAGAAAAUCACUCAAAUCAAAAUACAGUGAAUAAUAAAAAUAGUACAGAGACCAAAAAUCGUAAAAUAAAGAGAAAACACAAAACAAAAGAGAACGAGAAAUUGAAAGAAGAAAUUGGAAACACUCAUUCAAACGAUAAAAAAAAAUCAGAAAAACAUAAAACAGAACGAAAAGCAUCUGAUGGACCAGUACAUAUCACUGCUGCUGCAGAUCCAGUGCCAAUAGCUGAAGAUGAGUUUUCAGGUGAACUUGAUCUCGAUACAUUCAAAGAUUGCAAGGAACGAAUGAGGCCUGUUAAAAAGGCUUUAAAACUAUUAGAUAAGCCGCCAUCUGGUACAAACAAUGAUGAGAAAGCUCAGGCUGAACAUAUGAAGAAUUGUAUUUUGAAAAUUGGUGAUCGAGUUCUCGAAUGUUUGAAGGAGUGUCAUGGUGAUCUAGUGGCAAUUAAGACGUGGAGACGAAAUUUGUGGAUAUUUGUUUCAAAAUUCACUGAAUUCAAUGCACAACGAUUACAUAAAGUUUAUAAAAGAGCUUCUCGGAAAAGAGAGCAGGAACGUGACAAAAAUAAGGUAAAGCAUUCUCAUCUUGGAUCUGGUGAUCACUCAACUCAUCGAAAUACUUCUGAUUCAAAAUUUGAGAAAAAUUCAAAUUCGUCACCCCGUAAGAAUGUUGCGGGGAAGAAAAGAAAUCAUUCACCGAUUAAAAACAGAGGCGGUGCAGGUGACGGACCGACGACUGCUCCAAAACGUUCUUUUAAUACUUCUGAAUCAAGGCAUAGAGAAAGGGUUCCUCCACAUCCAGCAAAUAGAAAAGGUGAAAACUUUCAUGAAAGACCCGAUGAUAGAGUUGGGAGAGAAUCACCGGGAGGUCAUUCACGAUACCAUGGACAGGGUCAUCCCAGAAAUCUGUCACGCGACGAUCGUCGUUUCGGCGACGAAGAUUUUAGAUUUUCUCAUAGCGGUGAUUCUCGACGGCCGGACCGCAGUUGGCCAGGCGAAGUUUACCGAUACCAUCGAGAAGAAGAAUUUAGGCGACAAGGAUAUGAACAUAGAUCAAUGUACGAACAACAAUCGCGAGUGCCUAGAGAUGAUAGAGCAUAUCACAGGUCUUCUUAUGGAGAACGUGUGUGGCCGGACUCCAGGCAUGGAGAAUGGGAUGACCGGUACUAUCCUAACUCUGAUAGAGUGGGUUCUCCUUAUCGCCAUCACCCAAGGAGAAGCAGAAGUCCUCCGCAUCAAAGUCGUCAAUAUUAUAAUGUUGGCAGAGCACCAGGACCUAGUAGGCAUUCUCCUGGACAUGUUCAAGAUGCAAUUUCCCCAAAUAAACAAACUGAUUCCACAAAUGAUGUUACAUAGAAUUGCAGCCCAGUCGGAAAUUAGUAGAACAACACCACACGAUUCAAUUAUCCAAUAAUCAUCUUAUAAUGGUUAAAUAAAAACUGAGAUGGAUUUAAGAAUAGCAAUCUGUUCUGACGUGAGCUUUGAUGUGGAAAUUUAUUGCUGCAUGACGAAUUUCAUUUGUCAGCAUGUGGGAUAAAAUCUGAAUAUAUAUAUAUAUCCCAAGAAAGAGAAAACCAAUAAUACUGCAUACUCUUUAUGGCGAACCGUGACUUAUUGUACAAUUGCCAGUCUUAUGUUGGAUAUGGAAACAGUUAUCCUGUUGCUUCAGAUGCAUGGACUUGUUUGAAUAACAAGAUUGUGUGUCCUAAAUGCCCCUGUGCCUUUGAAAAAUUAUGAAUAAUAGAUUUUGAUUUGAAUGAUUCUUGCAGCAAUGCACAAUAUUGAGUAACAAGGUCUUUUAAGGAAGGGUUUUUAUAACUCUCCCUUCAUGAUUCGCACCCUGCCUCUCUCAAGAAAGUCCUCUUUGCUGUACUAAGGGUGGACAAAACAAAUUUCCGACUGGGUCAUGUGGUGUUGAAAGUUCAAUUUUUACUGCUCUCGAAAUAACAUUCGAUGCUGCAUCACUGUCACAGGAUUCGUGCGAUUUUGUAUGCCUUAAAAUAUAAGUUGUUGACAUUAUGUCUUAUUAAGUUA